AUGGAUACUAAGACUCCUGUUAAGUUGGCCAAGGUUAUCAAGGUGCUCGGCCGCACCGGCUCCCGUGGUGGCGUCACCCAGGUCCGUGUUGAGUUCAUUGACGAUUCUUCGCGCACCAUUGUCCGCAACGUCAAGGGCCCCGUCCGUGAGAAUGAUAUUCUCUGUCUCAUGGAAUCUGAGCGUGAGGCCCGCAGACUCCGAUAA